GUCGGCGGAGUGAUCCAGGAGGUGUGGCGGCCAUGAUGGGAGACGUGAGGAAGGCUGCCGUUGCGUGAGUUCCUGUCACAGUUGUCCUUCCGACCUGAUUACAAGGCGAUCCGCGCCAUGGGCCCGCGUCCUGCGUAAUAAACUUACGAACGGAACGUUGUCGGAAUCCGACUGGGGCCGGGGAAGGCGGGGGAAGGUUGGCAUUUGGACGUUUGGGCCGUGGUUUUGUGGAGAGGCGCUGCGGCUUGACGCACCUGAGCCUGUUGAGUGGCAGCUGCCGUGCAGGGUUCGCGGCGGGGGCACCGUUCGUGUCGCCCGUCAACUUUCGCCGCACGCACAGGACCGUCACGGCGGUGUGGUGCCAGGGAAACUUAGGGAAUCCUCUCACAGGAGUAGCAAGGACCUGCUGAAGAAAACUGGCCCACUGGGUCUGCAGACGACAGGCACAGUCGGACGCCAUCUUGAAGUUUUGACUUGUGUGUCCCCUGCAGUUUGAUCCGCGGACACUUCAUUCGUAGUUCAACCGUGACACCUGCACCGACACAGCUCAACCUUUCCGCCGGCCAGGGACUCUCUCAGGACCGAACCUCCAGCUUCUGUACACGAUGGACAAGUUCGAGAAGCUGGGGAAGAUCGGGGAGGGUUCGUACGGGGUGGUGUUCAAGUGUAGGAACAGGGACACUGGCCAGCUGGUCGCCAUCAAGAAGUUUGUGGAAUCUGAAGACGACCUGUUGAUAAAGAAAAUCGCCCUGCGCGAAAUCCGAAUGUUGAAGCAACUAAAACAUGCCAACCUAGUGAACCUGCUGGAAGUGUUCAGAAGAAAACGCAGGCUGCACCUUGUCUUCGAGUACUGCGACCAUACUGUGCUGAACGAACUGGACAGAAAUCCUAAAGGGGUACCAGAGCACCAGACAAAGAGAAUAAUCUGGCAAACACUACAAGCCGUCAACUUCUGCCAUCAACACAAUUGUAUUCACAGAGAUGUGAAGCCAGAAAACAUCCUUAUAACAAAGCAGGGAGUUAUCAAACUGUGUGACUUCGGCUUCGCAAGACUAUUGACGGGUCCUGGGGACGAGUACACAGACUAUGUGGCAACGCGAUGGUACCGGGCGCCCGAGCUACUGGUCGGAGACACGCAGUACGGACCCCCCGUUGACGUCUGGGCGAUUGGCUGUGUCUUCGCUGAACUCAUCUGUGGUCAGGCACUCUGGCCAGGCAAAUCCGACGUCGACCAGUUAUACCUCAUUAGGAAAACCUUAGGUGAUUUGAUUCCUCGGCAUCAGCAAAUAUUCAGCACCAACCAGUUCUUCAACGGCCUGACUAUUCCCGAGCCUGAGAGAAGAGAACCACUGGAACACAAAUUCCCAAACAUCUCCCAGCAAGCACUCAGCUUCAUGAAGGGCUGUCUACAGAUGGAUCCUGCCUCCAGGCUGACCUGUGAAGAACUGCUGGACCAUCCGUACUUCGACCUCUUCAGGGAUGAGUUUGACAGCGAGAUGAAAGACAAAAAUACACGCAGAUACGAGACUCGGAGAGGGCGGUCUCGGAACACGCUACACCACCUCCCGCAGCUGACCGGCAACCCACAGGCCAAUGCUGCCUCACCUGCGCCGGAUCCCACCAAGGGCCUCAACCUAAAACCCAAGCACAGCAAGUUCGGCAAGUACGAUGAUCACCUGCCCAACAUCUGACAAUUACAGUCGCCAUGGAGACGGGACAACUUCCGCUAUCUACACUGAGAACACAAGAGAGAAAAAAACAUUCCUCGAACUUAACAUAUAAAACAUAGCAACUACACCAUUACAGAGUAGUGCCGGGUAACAUAGCAACUAGUCAUCACUACAGAGUAGCAAGUUAUAAUAUGUUAGUUGUCAUUGAAGGCAAUACAUGCUCCCUCGUUUAGGUGAUGUACAGUUUGAGAGGAGGCUUGGUCGAGUCUUUAGAGCAUCAUAGCUCCAUGCAGCCUACAGAAUCUUCCAUGUAUUACUGAGUCCAUGUUUUUGUAGUCCAGCCCUGUUGCUGCCCCGACGUUACGUAGCAGGCUGGAGAUGUUGCAGUAUUCCCUCCUCCCGAUGGAAAUGUGCAAAGGUUUCAGGGACAGUAGAGAGUUAGGAGCCUCUGUGUGUUGGUGUGUUCUGUGUGAGGUAGUGGCAGACUUCUCUGUCUUCCUGGCAUUGAAGCCUUCUCUGUGAGUCUGGUUGUGAAGACGUCUGCUUGUAUGGCAGAAGAGGGAACAGAAGUUUCCCUGGUCUUAACCAGAGUCGCAUGCUAAUGAAAAUGGUAAAAGUUCAUUUGUGUUACUAAAAGAUUGUAAAAACUUCCAGUAAGGAAAGAGAGAUGCCCUAUUUUUGACUUGUGUAGUGACCCGAGGGUGUGAGUAUGGCGGGUCGGCUCCACAUCGUGAAGCUAGCAAACUAAAACAAACAUUCCAUUUUCAUUGGCAGUUCUGUAGUAUUUCCUUGUUAACUCCAUAUAGCUUAUUUGACCAAUCACGUUUUGAUAUGUGACGGCUCUUUAGCAAUAACCCCUAAAUCUAUGUAUUCUGAUGUUGUUCAUGUCCUGAUGUAGAUCUCUAAACAUAAGAAACUUAUACACAAAAAUAAGGAAUUAUACUGAUUCUCUUGUAGUGUAGAUUUGCCAGUAGGAGCAGUCCUUAAUUGGUAGAUGUAAUAAUUUGAGUGUUUUUUAAGAUCGUACAGAAAUAUGUCUUUUUUAGUUGUGUCAUUUCUGAUGAAGCGUAAAAAAAACAGACCCUGUGCCUUUGUAAAUAAUAGCAAAUUCUUCCCAGGAAGGCUGGUAGGGCUUCAGGUCUCUGCUCAGUAGUUCAGUGCAAUGUAUGGAUGUCAGACGUGGACAUUUCUGGUUACAUGGCAGAGUCCUGUGCCUGUACUUGCAGGCCUGUGUGGUAUGGAUGGGAUGUUUAGUAAUUUAGUUACAGUUGUGUGCAGAAAGUCCAUGAUGACAGCACACUGACAGAGGCUCAGCCCUGACUGGCCUGUGUGUGCACGCCACUCAUGAGACUGUAACAUAAGAACCAUCUGCCAUGCUGUGUGGUUAAACCUGAAAGUUGCCAGGUUAAUUUGAAUUUGUAAUUACUAUCAUGUUAAUGUUAUUACAUAUAUAUAAGUACACAUUGUACACAUGCAACUCUAGAGGUCUGACUGUUCUAGGUUCGAUCAUCCAGCAUGCCAAAAAUAUUCGGCCCUGAAAACAACUUGCAAACCCAUCACAUGGACUGCAGAAUGUGUGAUGCCUCUGUGCAAGAUGUGUUCUUCACUGACAUUCUUGGUCUCUUUAUUAUUACUAUUAGUCAUCUAUCCGAUAAAGUUAAACCAUAGAGCUGUACAUAGUUGCUGCAGUUAUACAUGUAAUUACAGGAAAACCUGACAUAGAAGAUGCUUCUCAUGGGGACAUCAAUGCCCUUCUUGUUGUCAGCCAAAGUAGUUGAUUUGGCCGUUGUACAGACAUCUGCGCUGGAGAUUUAGAUGUGCUUUGUGUAGAGUUUACUCUGAUGUGAUGAUAUUAUUUUCCAGAGAAAAAGUUAUUGUACCUCAGAAGAGCAAUUGUGCUGUCGUGCUGUGUCCGUGAAAGAAAGAAAUACUUUGCUUUAUCAGCAAAAUAAACUAGAUGGCGUUGUAAAUUAAUGUGACAGUCGUUCGUUUUGCAAAUCUAAUAAAUGUUGAGUAAACAAGAA